AUGUUGUCUUGGGUCUACCCUCUUCGGAUUGUCCAGGCCGUGUUCGCCUUGGCCAUUAUCGGCCUGACUGCAUUUGUCAUCGGCACUCUGUACGACCAGUGGUCCUUUUCCAGCACCAUCUAUUUCAACCUGUUCAAUGGCUGCUGGACAGCUGUCGUCGCGGUUCCCUACCUUGGACUCGCGCCUCUGUGGCUGCCUCGCAUCUCGCACGAAUAUGUCAUCCCCGGAAUCGAAGUCAUCACGUCGUGCCUGUGGCUCGCUGGUUGGAUUUCCCUGGCAGCUCAGAUCCCCAGCCCCAGUGCGUGCACGUAUCCCAGCUGCCACGGUCUCCAGGCGGCCACCGUUGUGGCUGCCGUUGAGUGGGCCCUGUUCGUUUUCACCAACAUCUUCGCCAUCAUGGAUAUCGUCAACUCCAAGCGCAACACUCGUGACCGCCAUGCCCGCCGCAGCACGGCUCAGAGCGAGGCCGCAAGCGAAGUCCAAAGCGAGACCCAACCCGAGGUCUCCGAGGUGAACGGCCCCGAGCAUGUCUAA